AUAGUGAAGGCGCAACUAAACCCCCCCGAGCCCAUGGAGACCUGCGCUCCGAUCUCGGGGCCUGGAGCUUGCGCGGUGCCGCCGGUGACCUUGCUGGCUCUGGCGCUGCUGCUGCUGGUCACGUCGCUGCUGCUGUGUCAUCGACUGCAUGCCGAGCGAGGCCUUGUGGAUAUUCAGGAGCUCUCCAAUGAGCUGACCUCUGCCCGCACCGACGCGGCGCACUCUGCGGCCCGAGCAGAGAGCCUCCACGCUGAGCUCACGGACCUGCGCGUCAGCCUGCAGCAGCGGGAGGCCUUCCUGGCGCAGGUCUUGGCCUUGCGGCGGGAAGACGGAGGUGCAGGACUUCCUGCGGGCGGUGUCCUGCCACAAGAGGCCCGUACACUGCCAAUGCUUCCUGUCACUGUCAGCCGUUUCGACGCCACUGGCAGCAGUUUCGCCAUGUCUGGCGAAGCAGAGUGGCCCGUGCAUCAGGACAGCAGCGUCCACACCACCUCCUUUCCGCAACGCAUGCGCUAGCAGUGACGCAGUGGCCAUAUUUCUUGGGCACA